UGGUCUCUGUCUCUGUCUGUCUCCGUCUUUUCUUUUUUUCUCUUCAGUCGAAACUUUCCCACAUUAAACACUUGGACCAUAAAAGGACACGGAGAUCUGUGACCCGCUCCUGAAUCAGCACUUUAACCCGAGGAGGAGCUCCCCCUCCCGGGCCGGGCCCCGCAGACCGUCCGCUCUCACCGAGCUGACCCGGACCUCCACCUGCUGCUGCUCCGCGCGCCUCCCGCGCAAACCGAGCGCGAGCGCGAGCGCCGCUCUCAGCCAUGGGACUCCGCCGAGGACCGGAGCGUCAUCACUUUUUGGCUUUUCACGGUUUUUUACCGGAAAAUACUCGGGUUUUUUAGCCGCUGUGGAGGCGAGAGGACAGCGGAGAGAGGAGCCGACAGAGACCGUCAUUUAACUGCAGUUUCUGCGCGUUAUACUGAGUCAAAGUGAAUCGUUAACGAAACCGUUAAAGUGGUUUUGAAUUAAUCUUUAUUGUCACAUCUUCUGUUUCUGGAGCCACCAUGAGUCUGUGGACCAACGACUCCUCCGCGGAUCUUUAUGCCGGGACGCAGCCCCCGCCGUCGGGCUCCAACUUCUCCUCCAACCGCUCGGACGGCUCCUCGCACCGCGGACACUCCGGCGCCGCCCCGCUGGACCUGAGCCGGGCGGUGCCGGUGGGCAUGGUGCUGGCCUCCUUCAUCAUGUUCGCCAUCGUGGGGAACAUCCUGGUGAUCCUGUCCGUGGUCUGCAACCGACACCUGCGGAUCCCCACCAACUACUUCAUCAUCAACCUGGCCAUCGCUGACCUGCUGCUGGGGACCACCGUGCUGCCGGUGUCCGCCACCCUGGAGGUUCUGGAUUACUGGGUCUUUGGUCGGAUCUUCUGCGACAUCUGGGCGGCAGUGGACGUCCUGUGCUGCACGGCGUCCAUCAUGUCCCUGUGCGUCAUCUCCAUUGACCGCUACGUUGGCGUGCGCUACCCGCUGCAGUACCCGAUGAUCGUCACGGAGAAGCGGGCGCUGCUCGCCAUGCUGGGCGUCUGGGUCCUUGCCAUCGUCAUCUCCAUCGGCCCCCUGCUGGGCUGGAAGCAGCCGCCAUCACAGGACGACACCAAGUGUCAGAUCACCGAGGAGCCCUUCUACACCCUCUUCUCCUCCCUCGGCUCCUUCUACAUCCCCCUGGCCGUCAUCCUGGCCAUGUACUGCCGGGUCUACAUCGUGGCCAAACGCACCACCAAGAACCUGGAGGCCGGCAUGAUGAAGGAGCGUCAGGAGGACUCCAACGAGCUCACCCUGAGGAUCCACUGCAGGAACCAGCAGGCCCACGAGCUCUGUCCUGGAUCCUCAGCCGGACGCAGCACGCUCUCUGUCAAACUGCUCAAGUUCUCCAGGGAGAAGAAGGCCGCCAAGACGCUGGGCGUGGUGGUCGGCAUGUUCAUCCUCUGCUGGCUGCCCUUCUUCCUGGUCCUGCCCAUCGGUUCGUUCAACAGCAGCCUCCGUCCUCCUGAAACCUGCUUCAAAGUCAUCUUCUGGUUGGGAUACUUCAACAGCUGCCUGAACCCCAUCAUCUACCCCUGCUACAGCCGCGAGUUCAAACAGGCCUUCAUCCGGAUCCUGCGGUGCCGCUGGAAGAGGAAGCGUCAGGGCUGGCAGGCGUACUACAACUACCGCAGCCAGCAGGGCUCCAACACCUCCUCCUUCCUGAACGGCAGCCAGCAGACGCUGUCCUCCAUCAGCCCCAGCCCGCGCUGCGUCGCCUCCAGGCUCCGCCCCCCGCCCUGGCCCUCCUCCUCAGACCGGGACCUCCUCCCCGGGUCGGUGGGACGAGGACGGUCAGGCCCAGUGUCCCCGCUCGCUAAGGAUGCUGGGACAGUGAUGAACGGUCAGAGCGUGAACAGAGAGGAGGAGUGAAGAGGAGGAGGAGGAGGAGGAGGAGGAGCGCUGCCGUCUAAACUGUGAUGGAGCAGGAAGGUGGAGACCAACACACCUGCCGCCUCAGGUGUCACUGCUGACAUCACCGGACGCUCGGACCGCUCAGGUGUGACGACUGCACCUGACAGGAGGUAACGACUGGUCCCACCUUAACGACACACCUGAGAAACAUGGCGGAGCAGCCCACCUGGAUCAGCUGUCUGAUCAGUUUAAAGACGCUUCUAUGAAGAUUUUACCUCCUCUGGUCAAACAGUUAAACUACACACAACUAAACCACAAACAACAAGUUUAAUGUGAAUUCAACAAUAAAUCAUCAAAACACGUCGUUAAGAACUAAACUGAAUAAUGUUUAAAAUCUCUGUUAAAAUCUCCUGAAAUCAGUUUCAGUUUGUUUAAAGUUAUUGGAAAAAAUAUCACAAUGAACCUCAUUAAAAUACUGAUAGUAAAAUUAUCUUACAUAUACUAUAAACAUUUUUUUAAAAUAUAUUUUGUAAUGUAAUUUCCUGUCGUAAUUAUUAAAGCGAUCCUGAAAUAAGUUCCUAAAAUUUAUUAAAAUGAAUUUAAACUAUUAUGAAAAACCACAUAAACAGACAAAACACUCAAACAGUUAACAGGAAACUUAACUGUAAAAGUAUAAUUAUCAAUUUAAUAUGGGAAUUUAAAAGUAAAAUUAUCUUCAGGUGUUUUUUUCUUUUGUUAAAAAAAUGGAGCAAAAGUUCUCAUGAAAUAAAUUUGUAAAAUUAGUCCAGAAAUAAAAACGAAAGUUUAAUACAAACAAGUAGAAAUGUAAAGUUAGUUUGAAAGUUGAUUGUAAACAUUAUUUUACUAUCCUCAAACUAUUGCUGCUUGUUAGCGAUUGAGCUAACAAGCUAACAAACGUUAAACAGCAGCAUCAGUUAAAUGACGUUAGCUUGCGAGCUAAAUGUUAGCUUGAUCGUUUGUGCAAACAAAUAUUGCAUGUCUUCUUUCUUCUGUUUUUUGUAUUUAUUUGUUUAUGAUGAUAAAGUGCAGAAGAAGAGUAGAGUAAAACUCUCCUGAAAUAAGUUUAUAAAGUUCAAGUUAACUGAAAUGAACUUACAGAGGACCUGAGAAGAGUUUCAGUGAUCAUAAAAAAACUCUUAUUGUGAAAGGUUCCCCUCAGUCUGACAGCAAAAGAAGCUUAGUGAUCAUACUAACGCUUUUAUUGUGAAAGGUUCCCCUCAGUGAUCAGAGAGGACUCUUAUUUUGUAGAAACUACACCACUUCAACACAUUCACUUCAACACAGUUUGAUCACAGCAGCAUCUGGUAGACGCCAGAGGAACUGCAGCUGCUGCUUUUUAUUCUCUGAACUUAUUGUGAAAAUCUGUGCGACUUCACCAGUGACUUCCUGUUGUAACGUCAGGUGUGUGUGUUACGUUCUGUAGCUUCAUUAGUGUAAAACUCUAAAAUAAAUAAAAACCAACCUGCUGAUGGAUCGAAACAUGAAUCAGACGAUGUUUUCUCUUCUGACGGAGCUAGGCUAACAGUUUCCUUCUGCCUCCAGUCUUUGUGCUAAGCUAGGCUAACAGUUUCCCUCUGCCUCCAGUCUUUGUUCUAAGCUAGGCUAACAGUUUCCCUCUGCCUCCAGUCUUUGUUCUAAGCUAGGCUAACAGUUUCCCUCUGCCUCCAGUCUUUGGGCUAAGCUAGGCUAACAGUUUCCCUCUGCCUCCAGUCUUUGGGCUAAGCUAGGCUAACCCUGUCCUGGACUCUCAUGAAACUGAUAACAGAGAAUAAGAUUUUCGCUGAAUGUCAUUGCGUUCAUUUUAAUAAUGAAGUGUCACAAUCUCUGCAGUUUCCCUUCAGCAUCAAAUGUGGAUUCAUCCGCCGUUGAAAAUAGUCCCCAACAAAUCUACUGUUUCGGCCUGUUGUAGUGACGUGGGUCCAGUGGAGGGUUUUUAUCCAUCAAGUCACUUUGUUUUUAAUAUUUUAAUGGUUUGUGUGCAUCUGCUCAGAUUUAUAGUUAUUGUUGUUUUUGUUUGUUUGCUUGUUUGUUUGUUUUUUGUGAACGUACUUUGUGUGUGAUCCAGUGUAAAUAAAUAUAUUAUUAUCCAUA